UUGCAGGAAGUUGGUAGUAUAAUUGGCAAGCGUGGAGACCAUAUCAAAUCGAUUCGUGAUGGAUCCGGUGCUAAAAUUAAUAUUUCGGAUGGAUCGUGUCCGGAGCGUAUUGAUUUACAAGCUCUUCCCAACAGUGUGCCGAAACCUCCAAUCACAAUGCGUCUUAUAGUGCCUGCAACUCAGUGCGGUUGUAUCAUCGGCAAAAGUGGCUCAAAAAUUAAGGAAAUUCGCGAAGCAACAGGUGCAUCAAUACAGGUAGCAAGCGAAAUGCUUCCCAGCUCAACCGAACGUGCUGUGACAAUUUCUGGGAUUGCCGAAUCGAUCGUGCUUUGCAUGCGCCACAUAUGUCAAAUUUUAUUGGACGUAAUCUUUUUUGAUUUGUAUAUUGACCACUUGACGUUUGCAAUUCAAAACUGA